UCAAAGAAAGAAAAAGAAAAAACCAGUUUAAUGAAAACAGAAAGAGGUUUGGUCUCUUAUCCUAAAAUAUUUCCCCUUUCUUGUUCCUAAACGUUUCCAAAGUCCUAAUCUGAUUCCUCCUUUCGGACACGCUAAAUCCCCUUUCUUUCUGGGUUUCUCAAUUUCAUUUUGCUUCUCAAUUCUCCACCCAAAAAAAAAACACACGAAACUAUUGAUUCAUUUCUUCUUUUUUUUUUCCUUUUUUUUUUAAUUUUAGGUCUGUAUCAUCAUCAUCUUCUUCUUCCUUAACGAUCCAGCUUAACUAUUUUCACUUUCACUGAUUCUUUCUUCUGGGUUUUUGCAUAUUUUCAAUCUUUUUUUUUUCCCUUUUGAUCAAAGCUUUGAUUUGUGUCUCCACCAAAUCUCAGAAAAUUUCUCAAACCAAUUUGUGUAAUUUUAAAAAUCGGAAGCAAUCGAGAGACUCUGUUUGAUUGAAGAAGGGCUAAAAACGAUCAACAUUAUGAGGAAAAACGGCGACGUUUCCUUGAAGCCGACAGCUCCCGACGGUGUUGUGUCCCGAUCAGCUCGGACCUCUACGUUCCGUGCUCUCUUUCGCGUCAUUUCCUCUGGCGCUUCCACCGUCGCUCGCUCCGCCGCUUCCGCCGCUUCUUCCGCCGUUAACCGCGACGUCGAAUCUCUUCACGAUCAGGUACUAUGGGCGGGGUUUGAUAAGCUAGAGAAAGAAGACGGAGAUACACGGAGAGUUCUCUUACUUGCGUUUCACUCCGGUUUUCAAAUUUGGGACGUUGAAGAAACAGAUAACGUCCAUGUUAUAGUGUCUUCCCACGAUGGACAAGCCUCCUUUAUGCAGAUGCUGCCAAACCCUAUAACCUCCGAGGAGUUUGACGAUAGGUUUUCCGACAGCCGUCCGCUUUUGGCUGUCUGUGGUGACAGUUCUUGGGAUGAACAGAGUAGUAGACAGAGCGGUGGUUCUGACAAUCCUGAGACCGUGGUGGUUCCUACAAAUGUGCAUGUCUACUCGUUAAGCUCUCAGUCUUAUGUCCAUACGUUGAGGUUCCGGUCUGUUAUCUAUACCGUUAGGUGUAGUUCUCGGAUCGUUGCUGUCCUCCAAGCAGCUCAGAUACAUUGCUUUGAUGCUAAGACAUUGGUGAAGGAAUACAUGAUCGUCACUAACUCAAUCGCUUACGGCUCCUCCUUGGGUGUUGGAUACGGUCCUCUCGCCGUUGGUCCACGUUGGAUCGCUUACAGCGGAAACCGUGUCGCUGACUCGAGCUCCACGCUUUUCAAUCCGGAGCUCAUCACUCUAUCCUCAUCUCCCAGCGUUGCACAGUUUGCGAGAGAAUCUAGCAGGCAGAUCGCUUCCGGGAUCGUGACUCUUGGUGACAAAGGGUACAAGUCGUUCUCUAGGUACUGCUCGGAGGUUCUGCCUAAUCCGUAUAUUCCUGGUUUGAAAGGCAUUGGAGUUGCUAAUGACAAUGUGGUGGACGCAGAUAGCAUAGGAAUGGUUGUUAUCAAGGAUAUUAUAAGCAAAAGCGUUGUAACGCAGUUUAAAGCACACAAGAGUCCUAUCUCAGCUUUGAGCUUUGAUCCAAGCGGCAUGCUUCUUGUGACUGCUUCGAUUCAGGGACAUAAUAUUAACGUCUUCAGGAUACUGCCGAGAGCCUCUACAAGUACAAGCAGUGAUGCGUCUUUUGUGCAUCUGUUCAGGCUCCAGCGUGGAUUUACUAAUGCGGUGAUCCAAGACAUCAGUUUCAGCAAUGAUAGCAGUUUGAUAGCCAUCAGCUCUUCAAGAGGGACAAGUCAUCUGUUUGAGAUCAAUCCCGAGGGAGAAGGGAAUAAUGCUCCUCUUCCUCUAUCAGCUGUUAAUAGGAUAAGAAGCGGAAACAUCAGCGGGUGGAUGGGAACAAUGAGCGGUGCUGCAGCAGCUGCAGCUGGAAUGGUUGGAGGCUCUCUACCUGGUGCAACCGCAUCAGCUUUCUGUUACUCCGUUGAACAGAACAAGAACAACAACCACUAUGGUUCUUCUGCUGCUACUUCUGAUGAUAGCUUGAAGAGGAACCUUCUAGUGUUUGCUCCUUCUGGAUGUAUGACACAGUAUGCGUUGAAGGCUAAUCAGGUUGAGGGCGGUGGUCAUGAGAUGGCAGGGUUUGAUUUUGAGUCUGGUUCGGAGACUGAAGGGAAAGUAGGGGUUGAGCCGAUGAGGAGGUGGUCUAUGAUUCAGAACCAGUCCAGAAGAGAGAUGCAAGAUCAGCACAGUGACGUGUAUGGAGGAGGUGGAGCAAGUUCGGAUUCUAAAAGUAGAGUGUUUCCGGAGAUUGUUAGGAAGCAGAGUGCUGAGGAGUCUUGGAAAGUUACUAAGAAAGGAAAGGCGGCUCGUGGGGAGGAUAAGCAUCAGAUGUACAUGUCUGAAGCAGAACUGCAAAUGUAUCAGCCGUCUCAGUUACCAUUAUGGGGAAGGAGAAAUUUUAGGUUUCAAGAGUGGGUGUUGGGUGUGGAUGAAGAGAGUAAUGGUGGAGGAGGAGGGGAGAUGGAGAUUGAAGGAAUCCAAACAAGAACGGUCGAAGGAAGAAGAAGAGGUUUGGUUCCAGUGUGGGGUUAUCUCCAGUCUCCAAAACCCCAACAAGUGAUGAGAGAAUCAUUCCAGAGGCCAAGGAACACUACACAAGGUGAUCACGUGGCUCCUCUAGAGGGUCAUGGAACAGAAACCGAGUUUGGAGUUGUACAUAGCAAGGAAGAGAACUUGAGAUCAGAAGAAGAGAGCCUGAGGUCUGAAGAAGGUAGCUCGCUAUCAGAAGAAGAGACCUAAAGCACGUCUGAAAACGAUGAAGAAGGGUGAUGUUGUUAUUCAUUUAUUUAUUAUUUCACCACAAACUCAGCUUCAACUUCAACAACAACAAAAAUAAACAGUGGAAAAAAAAUUGUAUAGAAAAAGGAAAAGAAGUUGUAAAUAGAAGUUGUAUACUACUUUUCUUUUGUUACGGAUGUUCAUUGAUUCAUGAAUUAUAUCUUAGCAUGUAAACUAAAAUAGAAAGGUUUAACUCUUUUUACUGCACAGUUGUAAUCAAUCUUAUAAUACAUGUUAUUUGAAA